AAACACAGAGCGCAGAGCGGUUUGGUCGUUCGUUGGAAGGAGCUUUUCCCGUGUUUCAGCUACUGCAGCUCUUUGGGCAGCAGAGGCGGCGCGGUGGUCGGAGAAGCGGCCUAAAACUUCGGCGUUAGGUAAAAGAAAAUGGCCCGAACCAAGCAGACUGCUCGUAAGUCAACGGGUGGGAAAGCGCCCCGCAAGCAGCUGGCCACCAAAGCGGCCAGGAAAAGUGCCCCCUCUACUGGCGGGGUGAAAAAACCUCAUCGCUACAGGCCCGGGACUGUUGCGCUUCGAGAAAUCCGUCGUUACCAGAAAUCCACCGAGUUUCUGAUCCGGAAACUGCCUUUCCAGAGGUUGGUGAGGGAUAUCGCCCAGGAUUUCAAAACCGACUUGAGGUUCCAGAGUGCCGCCAUCGGCGCGCUGCAGGAGGCUAGCGAAGCGUACCUGGUGGGUUUGUUUGAAGAUACUAAUCUGUGUGCCAUCCACGCUGAGAGAGUCACCAUCAUGCCCAAAGACAUCCAGUUGGCUCGCCGGAUACGGGGAGAGAGAGCUUAAGUGAAGGCAGUUUUUAUGGUGUUUUGUACUAAAUUCUGUAAAAUACUUCGGUUUAAUUUGUGACUUUUUUUGUAAGAAAUUGUUUAUAAUAUGUUGCAUUUGUACUUAAGUCAUUCCAUCUUUCACUCAGGAUGAAUGCGAAAAGUGACUGUUCACAGACCUCAGUGAUGUGAGCACUGUUGCUCAGGAGUGACAAGUUGCUAAUAUGCAGAAGGGAUGGGUGAUAUUUCUUGCUUCUCAUGAUGCAUGUUUCUGUAUGUUAAUGACUUGUUGGGUAGCUAUUAAGGUACUAGAAUUGAUAAAUGUGUACAGGGUCCUUUUGCAAUAAAACUGGUUAUGACUUGA